GAACAAUACCUUUACUCUAACACAACUGUAACUAGCUCUAUGGUAAUCCUUUCUAUCUACAGUUUCUGUUCAUCUAUCUGUUACAUCACAACGUGACAUGAUGGAUAACUGUAGCACCGAGAUGUCAUGGAAGGAAGGGCUGGACACAGGACUGUUACAGGAGCGAAUUGGAAUACAGAAGGAACAGACGUUGGAUUGGAUUGAAAUAAAAAACAUGUUGUUGGACAGUUGGAAAAAACAGGGAAAACAUGGGUUUCUAUAUGAAGAGAACAUCAUGCCAACCAUGGAUAAGCCUAAAGUAGAGAAAGAGCCUCAAAGAAAAGACCUUCAAGCAAAGUUUUAUGAGGACAAUGAGAAUAACAGAAGAUGGAUGGAAACCUUUCAACUUUUGAAGGCUAUGGAAAUGAAAGAAUGGAUGGACAGCACAAAGCAAGAACUGAGAAGAGAGAUGGAGGAGAGGGACAGAGCUAGACUGACAGAGGAGAAUCUUAACCUGAAAAAAGAUGUUCUUGCCACACAGGAGAUCCCACAAGAACAUAUUUUUGCCAUUGCAAUUAUUUUUGCGAUUGCAUCGUCUAAGACCAUAAAUGAAGACUUGACUCAGAGGGUGAAAACACUGGAGACAGAGAACCUACAUCUGAAACAAGAAAUGGAGAAUUGGAGGGCAAGGGAUCUCCAAGAGAGAGACAUAGAGAAACAAACCCGAAUGGUGGAGAUGGAAAAGAUGAUUAAAAUGAUGGAAUAUUACAGAGAGAGACAUGAAAAAGAGAUGGCCCGAAUGGUCAAUGUUCAAAUGAAAGAGGAAAGAAGACAAGAGGAGGUCAACUUGGAUGUCAAAGAUAAAAAGAAUGUGUUGGAAGACAAGCAAAAAAUUGAAGAUGACAGAAAAAGCACAGAAGAUGUGCAACAAGAGAGAGCUCAAAAGAAAACAAACAGAGAAAAUGAGAAACCAGUGAGGGAAGACCACAACUGGGUGGAGGAGGAAAGUAAUGUUAAAGACAUGGGACAUGCAGAUGAAAAGACAGAAGGUGAAAGUAAGGUAUUGGAGACGGGGAAAGCAGGUGAUCAGACUGUGGAAAAGGAGUUUCUGAAAGUCCAAGUACAGAUAAAGCCCUCUUCUAAGGAAGUUGUAGACUGGACAGACGUCAAGGAAGCGGAGAUUAAAGUGGAGAUCCACAAUGAUGUGUGUGAGGACCAUCAGGACCUUACUGUGACCAAAAAUGAAGACAGUGUCACCUUGAAGAACUCUAAGACAAACUCUGCAUACUUUCCUCUCACAGUUUCCUCUCUUGAUGAAGCCACAGGAGCAACAAACACUGGGGUUGAGACUAAAGAGCUGAUCCAAAAUGAUGUGGCUGAGUACCAACAGGACAUUACUGUGACUGAAUCUAUUUUUAGUGACCCCAAAAAUGAGGAUGAUGAUAUUUCGCUUAAGGACACUAAGACCAACUCUGCAUGCUUCCAGGAGAUUACAGUUGGCCAACAAACACUGGAAGAGAGAAAUGAGAAGGACAAAGGGAAAAAUAGACUAGAAGAAGAGAGAAAGAAGAUGGAGGAGCAAGAAAAGAAAUGGGUGGAAGAGGAAAUAAGAAAGGGAGAGAUGAUCAUAAUGGAGGAGCAAAUGAAGAGAGAGGAAGAGAAAAGAAGGGUGGAGGACGAAAGAAAGGAAGAGGCAGUGAGGUUGGAGAUGAACAGAGAGAGAAUGGAGGAAGAGAAAAAGAUGAUGGAUGCAAACAAUGAAGAUAAUCUGUUAAGGAGUCUGGAGGAGGAGAGAAUGAGAGCUCUGGAAUUAGAAAAGAGGAACAGAGUGACAGACGAACAGCUAACAGACACCUGGACAGAAGCAGUGAAUGUAGAAGUGAAAUACUCAAAUAAUGAGGACUGGAUAGACUCUGAACAUGAUAAUGAAUGCAAGAUCCAGACAGAUGAAAAGCGGCAGGACCUUGAGAGUAAGUUAGAGGAAAGCAUUGAUAAAGAACUGAGCCAUGGAGAGCACAGUGACAUAGACAAUAAACUGGCAGAGAAAGAGGUUGAGAGAAGCCCAACUUCUAUGGCAGAGCAGUCUGGAAAAUCAUCAGUCAAGGAUGAAGAACACUUGCGGAGCCCUGAAGUGACAGCACAUGCAAACCCACAGAAUACUCAAUAUAUGAAGUCACCAUUGCCAGAUCUCUCAUCUCUUACAGAAAAUAUGGCAUCACAAACCCUACCUCCACGACAGGAUGAACUCACAGAUUCAGUGGAUGGGGAUACCUUCUGUAAAAAGCAGGAAUAUUCAGAUUAUGACGGUGGGACGGAGUCUGAGAAGUUGAACAAUGAAGGUAAGAUCCAGAAAGCUCAAGAGAUCCAGACUGAGGACAUUAACCACAAGUCUGAGGACAGCAUAGUUGAAGAACUGAGCCAAGAUGAUCAGAGUGACAUUGACUUUGAGACAGUACAUUUAGUGGAGGUUGAAAGCAACAUCAGCAGUUUCACCAAUAUGAGGAAACCAGCGGCAUGCGCAGUGGUCCAGGAAGACCAGUCUGGGCAACAGUCAGCAAAGCCAAAAGACAUGGCAAAGGAACAGAAGGAUGGUGAUAUGAAGGCAGAAAUAUUAGGAGUGGAAGAACAAGGGAAGAGAGUUAAAAAAAACAGCCAGAAGCAUAAGACAAAACAGGAGCAAGAGACAAUUAAGUUAAAUAUGGGCAGAGAAAGAAUGGAAGAAGAGAUAAAGAUGAUGGAUGAAGAACAUGAGAACGCCAAUAUGUCAAGGAGACUGGAAGAGGAGAGUAUGAGUGCUCUGGAAGAAGAGGAGAGGAGGAGGGUAAAGGAGGAAGUUGGGACAGAAAUGGUGAAAGGACAUCCCUCCCCUGCAGAAAAGUUAGACUCUGAUGAUAAAGUCUUGAGAGUCCCUAAAGAAUGUGAAAAAGAAGGAAAGAAAGGCAGGAAUAAAGGCAAGGAGAUCCUGACGGAGGACAAAGAACCUAUGAUGAAGCCCGAAAAGACAGCACAUGCAAAUUCAGAGAAUAUUCUACUGAAGUCACCCUUACAAGGAGAUCACCUCUCUCCCAUUGUGGAAAAGGUGACGUCAAAACCUUUGCCACCAUUACAAGACAUGGACAAGCAUCAGCUAGAUGAUGGUUCUAAGGCAGCAAUGGGGACCAUGAAGAAGCAAAAUAAAAAGGCAAAAGACACAAGAAAAAGAAACACAGAGGCUAAAAAAAGGAAAGACAACGAGGUUAAAAGAUUGGAAAUGGACAGGGACACAACAGAGAAAGAGAAAAAGAAGAUGGUUGAAGAAAAAAAGAAAGCCGAGCUGAUUUGGAGACUGGAGGAGGAGAGACUGAAGGCUAUGGCAGAAGUGACAGAAACAGACAUGGCAAAGGAACAGAAGGAUGGUGAUAUGAAGGCAGAAAUAUUGAGGGUGGAAGAACAAGGGAAGAGAGUUCAAGAAAACAACCAGAAGCAUAAGACAAAACAGGAGCAAGAGACAAUGAAGUUAAAUAUGGGCAGAGAAAGAAUGGAAGAAGAGAUAAAGAUGAUGGAUGAAGAACAUGAGAACGCCAAUAUGUCAAGGAGACUGGAAGAGGAGAGUAUGAGUGCUCUGGAAGAAGAGGAGAGGAGGAGGGUAAAGGAGGAAGUUGGGACAGAAAUGGUGAAAGGACAUCCCUCCCCUGCAGAAAAGUUAGACUCUGAUGAUAAAGUCUUGAGAGUCCCUGAAGAAUGUGAAAAAGAAGGAAAGAAAGGCAGGAAUAAAGGCAAGGAGAUCCUGACGGAGGACAAAGAUCACCUCUCUCCCAUUGUGGAAAAGGUGACGUCAAAAUCUUUCCCACCAUUACAAGACAUGGGCAAGCAUCAACUAGAUGAUGGUUCUAAUAGAGCAAUGGAGACCAUGAGGCAGCAAAAGAAAAAGGCAAAAGACGCAAGAAAAAGAAACAUACAGGCUGAAAAAAGGAAAUACAACGAGGUUAAAAGAUUGGAAAUGGACAGGGACACAAAAGAGAAAGAGAAAAAGAAGAUGGUUGAAGAAAAAAAGAAAGCCGAGCUGAUUCGGAGACUGGAGGGGGAGAGAUUGAAGACUAUGGCAGAAGUGACAGAAAUAUUGAAAGCAAAAAAAGCUAUUCGAAUGUAAACACUAUCGGAAGGGCCAUCUUCAAAUGUCAUCAUUCCAGAUACUCACAGAUUCACACAGUAUUAUAUUUGAUCUUCUUUCACUGUUUUAGUUUUUCUAGUGACAGCUAUUUUUGACAAUUUGCCUUGAAGACACCCCACACUCCUAUAAUGAAAUAAACAACAAAUAAAGUAUGUUUGAGCAAAAAGGUAGUUUUAAUGUCAUGUUUCAAUAUGAUGUUUUAGUAGAACAGAGCACAGAAUUAGAUAGAGUCAGAUGUCAUUAGACAUCCCAAUCCAGAGUCAAAAUCCAAUCCAAAAAGGGUCAACCUAGAGCAAAUAAUAAAUCAAUUCAGGAAUCAUAGUAAAAAAGGGCCAGACAAAGGUCUGAAUAAACCAGAACACAAGACUUCACAAUGACAGAGAAAAGAGAAGUUUAAAUAGCCUAAUAUUUUGCUAUUCGAUCUCAACGUCAAUUCCAAUUAUAUAUUUCUCCAGGGGCAGCACCAACAUUAGACCAUUAAAACAGAGAUUUUCUAGAUAAUAAAAGGAAUUCCUCAAGUUGGAGUCAAGUUGAAUUAUGCUAUAAUGUUGCUAACACUUGAAUGGCUUUAUGGCAGCUGUAAUAACUUAAAGAAUAUAAAUGAAUAUACCAGCACCACUAUAAAUAACUAAAGUCUAUAUUUCAGCUGACUGUUUGCUCGUGUUCAUUCAGUGACUGGAACCUCAACAAGCUAACUAUGUAAACUAUGAUUUAUUCAGCUGUAUUCACCACAUAACCUCUGGCAACCACUGUUUAACCAAUAACCAUCAGUCAUCAUUGCAAGAACCAACCCCCCCACCUUUAGAUAAAACUAUCUAAAGGUGCUGGCCCACGAGUUCCUGCAGUGGGAAAGCACCCUUAGAUGAUAUCUACCACAGGGACAAGGUCCAGGACAGUUUGGAUGUUCCCGAUGAAAGGGAUAUAGGGGAAUGGUCCAACAUGCCAGAGGCAAGGGACUAGGAUCAUCUGGACGUUAGUUCUUCCCUUUUUUUUCCCUAUCUGCGUAUGUCUUCUGGCGUUAUAGUGCUUUGCAUAAAAACAUGAUUAGGCUGUCAGACUGAACCAAUCAUCCAUAGCUGCAACAUCAAAGUGUUGGACUGUGAGAACAGGGCUGGCUGGACUCCAAGGACACACUGGAAUGGAGCGAGGUUUUGACCGUGUUACACUCACAUUACACUUCUGAUUAGUCCUCCUGAUACUCUGAUAGGUAUGCAUGAACAAAAGAAUAACUGAGCCUCUCUGUGUAUUGAUAAUCUGAUUCAACUUCUUCAGGCAGUCCACAUGUCUAGAACACAGAACAAGGCCUUCACUAUCGUGAAUCCUGCAAAUGAUAGAUCUUUGAAAGCCAGUGCUGAACGGUCCACGCCGUGAACCCCUGAGAUAUGGGGAGGUUUGUGAUAAAGUUUACUGUGAUAUGGGAGCAGGGCCUAUGUGGUAUGGACAGUAGUUCCUAGAGGCCGGUGGGCUGUGAGUAGUACCUGCACACAGACUGGGUUAUUCUUGUUAGUUGUCUUGAAGUGUGUGACAUCAUGCAGAACAGAUACUCUCCCAAAAAUCUUUCA